UGAAAUGGAACGUAAAAAUGUCUUUCUCCGGCAAAUUGCUUGCGCGGGUUUUUCGUCCCAGUUCGCGUUUUUCAGCAUUAAAUACAAACAAAAGGGGAUGUGCAAAUCUUUUAACAAAGCUUAAUUGUUCGCUCCGUUUUACUAACAACAAAAGUUUAUUGAGUUUUACUCAGAAUUUCACAAAGUUUUCAGCACAAAACAGCUCAAUUAAAGCAAUGGGUGCCUUGAGUCCUCAGGAUCCUUCAUCUUUUUCCCGUCCUGAGCUGGCGAUAGUAAGACAUGUGUCGCUUUCUCUGAAUGUCGACUUCGAGAAUAAAGUCUUAAGUGGACUGGCUUCUCUCAAGUUUGACGUGUUAGAAGACAGUGAAGAAGUGAUUCUAGAUGUAAGUAAUCUAAGCAUAGAGUCAGUGGAAUUAGCUGAUGGAACCCAGUUGAAGUAUAAUUUAAGCGAUCCCAUUCCCAAUUUCGGAUCCAAACUAACUAUAACUUUACCGAAACAAGCAAUAAGUGGAGAAAAAUUAAAAAUAAGUAUAAAGUAUAAGACUUCGCCCACGGCGUCGGCCUUGCAAUGGCUGGAUCCCAAUCAGACAUCAGGCAAAAAGCAUCCUUAUCUUUUCAGUCAGUGCCAGCCGAUUCACGCGCGCUCCAUCCUCCCUUGCCAAGACACUCCAGCUGUCAAGUUCACUUACGACGCGGAGGUGACCGCGCCCGAGGAGUUCACUGUUCUCAUGAGCGCUCUGCGAGGAGACAGCCGUGGAGGCAAGACGUCCUUCAGGCAGCCGGUGCCGAUACCCUCAUACUUACUGGCUGUAGCUGUAGGCGUGCUGGAGUCUAGGUCUCUAGGGCCCAGGUCACUAGUAUGGUCAGAGAAAGAAGAGAUCGAGCGAAGCGCCUGGGAGUUUGCCGAAACUGAGAAGUACUUGCAAGCGGCUGAGCGCCUUUGCGGGCCUUACGUAUGGUCGCAGUACGAUUUGCUGGUGCUACCGCCUUCCUUCCCUUAUGGGGGGAUGGAGAACCCCUGUCUUACCUUCGUCACUCCUACGCUACUGGCAGGCGACAGGAGCCAAGCAGACGUGAUAGUGCACGAGAUAAUGCACAGCUGGACCGGCAAUCUGGUCACCAACAGGAAUUUCGAGCACUUCUGGCUGAAUGAGGGAUUCACGGUCUUCCUGGAGAGAAAAGUGGGAGCGUCUCUUAUUGCUGAUUCCGUGGAGGCCAAGAAAAGCAGGGAUUUCCAUAGUCUGCUAGGACUGCAGGAGUUGAGUGAAACUGUGAACGACCAAUUCGGUUCGAGCAAUCCCCUCACUCGUCUGGUGCCCGAUUUGCACGGGGUACACCCUGACGACGCGUUUUCGCGCGUCCCCUACGAGAAGGGAUCGCUCUUCCUGCGCUAUAUCGAGGACCUAGUAGGCGGGCCUGAGGUGUUCGACGACUUCCUCCGUUCCUAUCUGAACAACUUCAAGCAGCGGUCGUUGGACACUGACCAGUUCAAAGCGUACCUUCUGAACUACUUCAAGGAUAAUGCAGCCUUGAAGAGCAUCGACUGGGACACCUGGCUGCAUUCUCCCGGCAUGCCCCCGAUUAUACCUGCAUAUGACACAUCAAUGACGAAAGCCAUCACCGCUCUCGUCGCGAGCAUCGGUCAAGCCAACAGCACUAUCUCGCACGAUGACGUCACAUCCUUCACGCCGCACCAGAUGAUCAACCUUCUUCAGGAGCUGAUCGACCGGCCCGCGCUGCCGUUGGAAAAGCUUAGGAUCCUCGGCACGGAGUACCGAGUCAGUAGCAGCAAGAACUCGGAGAUUGUUUAUAGAUGGCUCCGACUGUGCAUCAGGAGUAGAGACGAAGACCGCAUCACCGACGCGUUCGAUUUCGUGAACCACCAAGGCCGUAUGAAGUACGUGCGGCCAAUCUACCGCGACCUCUACGCGUGGGAAGAGGUCCGCCCCCGGGCCAUAGACAACUUCCUCAAAAACGAACCCUACAUGAUGCAUGUCUCUGCCUACACCGUCCGAAAAGACCUGCAUUUAGACUGAUAGACUAGCUAAUUUGUAUGACACAAAUCGUUUUUCUCGUGUACAUAAUGUUAUGUACUUCAGUAUAAAUAUGUAUUGAUAUACUAAUGAUAAAUGAAUA